UGGCAACGUUGGAUCAAGUGUGCGAAUUAAGGUUUCGUGACAAACAGACCAACUUUCAAUUUGCUUUUUUUAAUUUUUUAUUAAAAAAAGAAAAGUUGUUGUGAAAGUGCAGACAAGACAGAAUUUAGGACCGAGUUCAAGUUCAGUCUCAGUCACUAACUCAACUCACUACUCCCACGAGUGACUACCCAGACUUAAUAAAAGUUUUGAUUAAAUUUAUAAAGGGGAUAACAAUGGAGCAUUAUCUCGACCCCGAAGAACAAAUACAAUGUCCUUACAACAGUGCUCAUCUAAUACGUAGAAAAGUAUUUAAUACGCAUCUGGUAAAGUGCAGAAAGGCUAAUCCAGAUAUUAAGUUGGUCCCAUGUGACUUCAAUGUCACCCAUUGGGUAGAAGAACCAUGCUUACAGCAUCAUCACGAAAAUUGUCCUGAUCGAAAGAAAAUUGAGACAAAAUUUUAUGUAGAUGACAAAACUGAUCUUAACAAGUAUCCAGUUCGUAAUACAUAUAUACCUUCUGAUGAAAAUUGGGAUGAUGAAAAUGUCCCAACAUAUAAUCCUCAGAAAACUUGCCUAAGCAAGGAAGUGAUUAGACACCUGGAUGUUGCCUCUGCCGGCAAAAAGAAGAAUUUUAGGAUGGAGGAGCGUCAGAGAAUGUCUCAAUUUACUAAUAAUACUAACAGACCCCCAAAAUCCGAUUUUCCAUCUUCUCAGAAAGUGGAAUUACCGGAAACUCGUCAAUUUUCUGAUGCUAUAAAUGAAAAUGAAAAUACUCCAAAUUCAGUGGAACAAGUUCUUAUGAAAACCGCAAGGGCUGUUGUACCAAAGAAGAAUAAAAAUUUUAAGCGAUAACUCUAUGGUGAUUUUGUAAAAAAUAUUUUUUAUAGCUUCGAAUAAUGUUACAAUUUAUGCUUGUGUUUAAUAUUAUUGAAGUGAAGAACUUUUAAGUGAUAACUCUUAUGGUUAGAAUGUAAAAAAUAUUUUUUAUAGCUUCGAAUAAUGUUACAAUUUAUUCUUGUGUUUAAUGUUAAUGAAGUGAAGAACUUUUAAGUGAUAACUCUUAUGGUUAGAAUGUAAAAAAUAUUUUUAUAUAGCUUCAAAUAAUGUGACAAUUUAUGCUUUUGUUUAAUAUUAAUGCAGUGAAAGUA